AUGACACCUCUGAGCACUACCAUUGAUGCCUUAGUGGCCAAGAUAGCGGUGUGUGAGCACCACCAAGGGUCCACAGAGGAGGUGACGGCUCUAAAAGCUGCCAUUGCUGAACUAAGAAAAGAUGUAGACCACCUAAAGGCCACCGAUGUGUCCAUGGUCUUUGGAACAGUGGAGAUGCCAGACAUUCCUGAAAUGCCUCAGAAAAUCGAUGGACAUGGGGGUAGAGCGAAGCAGAUAGCCGACCAUGAGUCAGAAACAAAGACUGAUGUGGAGAUGCAUGAAGAUACUGAGGGAGCUGCAAAUGAAGCCUUACUGAUAUGGAAGAAAUUAUGA